AUGGCGUCGUGGCUGCCGGAGACUCUGUUUGAGAUUGUAGGACAAGGCCCGGCGCCGAGCAAAGACUAUUACCAGUUGUUGAUCACCCGGACUCAGAUCAUCUUUAGAUGGUGGAAGAUUUCUCUGAGAAGUGAGUAUCGGUCAGCAAAACCUGGAGAAACGAAGGAAACUCACGAAGACUUCCUAGAUAACUCUCAUCUCCAAGUUCAAGUCGCCGUAGUAUUUGGUGCAAAAAUAUUAGACUAUGUCUUCAACCUGUGCGAAGGUAAAUUUGACUACCUGGAGCGGCUCUCCGACAGACUGCUGCUGAAGAUCAUCUGCUACCUGGACCUGGAAGAUAUUGCCAGGCUCUCUCAGACAUCAAGCAAGUUUGAGAAGUUGUGCAAGAGUGACUUGCUGUGGGAGCAGAUAGUCCAGUCCACCUGUGACACCAUCACCCCUGACAUGCGGGCCUUGGCGAACAACAUGGGCUGGAGACAGAUGUUCCUCACCAACAACAUCCAGCUCCAGAGGCAGAUCCGCAAGAAGAAGCAAAGGCAGGAAAACCAGACGGAGAACCUUGCUUAG